AUGGGUGAGUGCUUUGUGUAUAAAGGUCGUGAGUCUGGAAUGAUACCAAGAACAGUGCGUCACGUGUCUAUGUGUGAUAUUCCUGACCUGCACUUGGUUUUUGCAUGCAAGAACUUGCACAGCCUCCUGCUCUUCUUACUGAUACUAAAAAGUUACUUCGAUGUCAUGAAGAGUUUGAGAGUGUUGGAUUUAUUUAAUGUAGCCAUAGAUGUGCUGCCUGAUGCUGUUGGUGAGAUGAAGCAUUUGAGAUAUUUAGAUCUCUCGCGCACAAAACUAAAAGUCCUGCUAGAGUCUCUUUGUCUGCUUUACCAUCUGCAAACAUUGAUGCUACCUUAUGCUUGCAUGUUGCCAAGAGGGACUGCUAAUCUGAUCAACUUGAGGCAUCUCAGUGCAUCCGGUGAAGCACUUGCUAUUGUCACUAAUGUUGGAAGACUCACAUCCCUCCAGGAGUUGAAAGAAUUCCAUGUGAAAUUGUCAAGAGGCCAUGAUAUAGGUCAGCUCAAGAACAUGAGGGAGCUCGGCGGCCAACUACGCUUACUAAAUCUCGAGAAUAUUAGAUCGAAGAAAGAAGCACUCAAAGCCAACUUGAUCGAUAAAGAGAGGCUUAACAAACUUCAGUUACAAUGGAUUGAUUUGGAGGAUGGGAACAACUGGUCUACCGUGCAGGAAAGAGUCCUUGGAGGCCUUGAGCCACACUCUAAUCUCAAAGUACUUGAAAUUAAAGGCUACAUGGGUCGUCACUCCCCACAUUGGCUUACAAAAUCAUCACUUGAGAAUUUACAAUCUAUUUCUCUAAUUGAAAGCAGCAGCUGGCAAUGUCUUCCUCCUCUCGGCCAUCUUCCUUUCCUUAAAGUCUUAUACAUGCAAGGAAUGGAUGCAACUCUCGGGGGAAGCACUGAAGCAUUGGAGUUCUUUCCUUCAUUGAAGGAGCUAUGGCUAGAGAACACAUCAAUCAUCUUUCAAUGCAUGAAAAUCGACUCUUGUUUUCCAAAAUUAAGAAAGCUUCAUAUCAGAUCAUGUGGAAGGGUCAGCUGUUUGCCACUUGGGAUGCUGACUUCACUGCAAGAGUUAAACAUAAGUGGGUGCUCUGAUCUUGAUAGAGAAUUACCAAGCUAUUUGAAGGGUCUUAAAUCUCUAAUCACACACCAUUUAUCUUAA